CUGGUUGCAGUGUACGAAGAGCAGGAUCCACACAAUGGAGGGGACGGAACCAGCGCCAGCUCCACGGGAACGCACAGUCCUGAGCCGUUUGCCAGCGAGAUGAAUUCGGCGUCAGCAUUCCAGCCCUACCAAGCUGCAAGCGAGAUCGAGGUCACAACAUCUGCUCUGCGAUCAAGCAUGUCGCUGAAUGUCCGUCGAGGCAGCGAUCCCUCGUUGGCUGACCUGCCUCCAGGUGAGGCUCUGGUCGGUCAAGACGAACCGUCAAGAAAGAACCCGUCUCGAUGGUCCACAACUGCUGGUUUACAGAUGUACAACAACAAGCCAAACCCUCGGGGCGCCUCAAGUACCCUGGAACAACAGGGCAGGGGAUCCCAAGCCUAUCGGAGUCUUCCUCGUGACGCGAGUGGCUGGACUGCUCAGUUUCACAGAGACAUGCUUCGUUCUUCCCUUAGCGCCAACCAUCCUAUGGUUGACCAAUGGCUUGACCAGCAGGAACAGGAGGAGGAAGAAGCAGAGCAAAGAAAAUACGAAAGGAGGAUUGAGCGAAUCGAGCCUGUAGGGAGGGCCGACUCUUCACUGGACCGUUCACCUGUGUUAAGUCUUGAAAGCAUGCUCAAGCCGGUCGAAGUGUCCAAUGAAGGAGGGCCCCUGGGGAUCCACGUAGUUUCUUUCAGUUCACAUGACGUUAGGACUCAGGGCUUGCUGGUGAAGCGUUUGGAGCCCGGAGGAAAAGCUGAGCACGAGCGUCUCUUCCAGGAAAACGACUGCAUCGUCAGGAUUAAUCAGGGAGACAUUCGCAACCUGCGCUUCGAACAAGCUCAGAACAUUUUCAGGCAGGCGAUGCGUUGCCCGGUCAUCCUUUUCCAUGUGGUUCCUGCCUCCAUGAAGAGACAGUAUGAAAUACUAUCGGUCCAGAACGAGCUCAGUUCACCCCAGUCAACCAGAGUCCGCUUCAGCCAAGACUACCAGCACCCAGGGGACCGGUCGAGUCUGGACUCAGGGACGCCAUCCAGAUCUGGGGAACAAGCGGCCGCCAACCACGAUCACCAAGGUCCUCUGGCAGGAAGCACCCCAGAACCAAGUCGGCGGUUUGCUACCUUACCCCAUGCCGUACCUCACCCCAUAAUCUCCAGGACCCCCUCAGCGCCUUCCCCCUCCCUGCAGCGCAGAAUAAGCACGACUCCGUCCAACAGCUCCUACCUAAAGAAAAGAGGACGCAGCUUCAACAUCCAGCUGAAGAAAGGUCCAGAGGGUCUCGGAUUCAGUAUCACCUCCAGAGACGUCCCUAUUGGAGGAAGUGCUCCCAUUUACAUAAAAAACAUUCUCCCUCGAGGUGCUGCCAUCCAAGAUGGACGACUGAAAGCUGGAGACCGGCUGUUGGAGGUUAGUGGAGUGGACCUGAAUGGAAAGAGCCAGGAGGAAGUGGUAGCCCUGCUUCGAGCCACGCCCAUGGACGGGAUGGUGAACCUGUUGGUGCUUCGUCAGGAGGACACACUUCUGCCACGAGAAGUGUGGACCUCAACAUCAUUUUGUCAACUUAGGCAAAAACAGGACGAUGACACGGUGCUAACCCCGGACGGAACACGAGAGUUUCUGACGUUUGAGGUCCCUCUGAAUGACUCGGGCUCCGCUGGCCUGGGGGUCAGCGUUAAGGGGAACCGCUCUAAGGAGAACCAUGCUGAUCUGGGCAUCUUUGUGAAAUCCAUAAUUCAUGGAGGUGCUGCUAGCAAGGACGGACGUCUUCGAGUCAAUGACCAACUCAUUGCAGUCAAUGGGGAGUCGCUGCUUGGGAUGACCAAUCAGGAUGCCAUGGAGGCGCUUCGGAAGUCCAUGUCAGUAGAGGGCAACAAACGUGGGAUGAUUCAGCUCAUCGUGGCCCGGCGGUUGAUUAAGGACGGCGAGGACAGUUCAGGAAUGUCGGAGCUUCCUGUGAAUGCACCUUUGGACGACGAUGAUGAUCAACUCUCCCAGUCACUCUACGAAACGAUCGACUUCCCGGACAACAUGCCUGCAUCACGCACUAACAUACUCGCACGCAACGGCGUCUACCAGCUCUCUCCAACUGUGAACAUGCCACAAGACGACACGGUGAUGAUUGAGGACGACAGGCCGCCCCUGCUUCCUGCCCACCUGUCUGACCUGUCGUCCUCCAGUUCCCACGACGACAUGGGCUUUGUGGGAGAAAACCCGGUUGCCUGGAUACAUGAGGUGCCCAGUAAAAAUGAAUGCUCUCUGAGUCCGGACGCAGAACCCGAUGUUUCCUUCCAGAGGGAGGGCUUCGCCCGCCAGAGUAUGUCAGAGAAGCGCAUCAAGCAGUACGAGAGCCCGGCUCAUCUGGACAUCAUCAAGAACCGCAAGUCCAAAAGCAUGGAUCUUGGUUUUGAAGAGCGACAAAUCGGCUCUUCCCUGGGUCUAAAAAAGUCCAGCUCAAUGGAGAGUCUCCAGAAAGAUGCCGCCAAAGUCAUGGCGGGCGACGAGCUCAACGUCCAGAGGAUUCAUUCACACAUCAUCAGGGGGCGAGGCUGCAACGAGAGCUUCCGGGCGGCAAUUGACAAGUCAUAUGUGAAGACUGGUCUCAUACCAAGGGAAGAAAACAGCGUGGAGACAUUGGAUGAAGACACAGAGGACAGCUACUGGUCAGGCCUCGAGUCAAUGUCCACGAGCGGCGACCUCAGCCUAAGCGGCGGGCUGGUUGACGACAAACAGAAAGACGGUGCCCUGGGGGGGCCGAAGGAAACCAAGAGCGUGGACAAGGAGAAAGACAAGGACAAGAACAAACCAAAGAAGGGUGUGCUGAGGGGCCUGGGUGAGAUGUUCAGGUUUGGAAAGGGCAAGAAGGACGAGGACAAGGUGGAGAGAAAGAGCUCAAGAAGAUCGAAAGCUGAAGAUAGGCAAGGAUAUGAAGAUGAAACCAUCCAAAUGAAGCAGGAACAGCAAAGAAUCCAGGCCAAGACACGGGAAAUUCGGGAGCGGCAGGCGAAGGAGAGGGAAUACGCCGAGAUCCAAGACGUCGUCAGCCGCACCUUCAGCUCGGAUGAGGAGCACACCUACGCCGGCAUCGGGUCGCUGGGCUCGUCUCAGGACAGCGGCAGCAUCGACCCCUACGGCCACCACUACCACCUCCCUCAGAGCCCGCAGAGUCCUCGAUCCCCCGUCAACCCACAGCGUAACGGACCGCCUCUGGAGGCGCUGUACGCCCAGGUCAACAAGCACCGCAACGGACGACCCGCGGCUCCCGACAGGUAAGGAACCCAAUUCAGAUCCCGCCGGUCGUCCGAAUGAGACCGACCAGCCUUGCUCCUCCGUAGCUUACUGAUUUGCAUCAGUCUGGGAGAUUUACAUCUCAUCUAUUAUGCAUAGACAGUGGUGUGAGUUAAUUUGUUCACUUUUACUUGGCAAAGACGAGACAUGGUUCACAGAUCAACACUGAAUUUCACACAGCGUUUUAUCACAUGCUUUAUCUACAGGGCAUUCCCCAGAGCAGGCUGGUAAAAUCCAGAAACAAAGUAAAAAGAACAUCAGAAUCCUAUCAGUAAUUCUUCAUGGCGGAAUAUAUUAUCUAGCGUCGUCUCACUUUUUUUUUUUUUCCAUUUUGCCGGGAUCACAGGUAAUCUCCUUGGAGUCUCGUAGCACAGACACGUCUUUACCUUGAGCGCAUGUGCAGCCGACGGCUUCACCACGUCAAUAAAAUAAUAAAUCUACAGUUUAUAAGGUUGCAACACCAUAAAGUUGCUUUUCUGUUCCAAUAGCAAAUUACCCAAUAUUUUAAACUACCCGCUGUCAGUCGGCAGCCACUAAGAGCUCGUUACACAGUUUGUAGGCUCAGAGGCUUCAGAUCUCUGUUUUGCCUUCGCGCUGGAGGUAAUCCAAUCUGUUUGGAAGGCGCAAGAGAGAUGAGUGUA